CGAACUUGACCUUCGCUUAUACUACUUUUAUCGCUUGUUUAUACAAUCAAAUCGAGAUCAAUUUCCUGGAAAUUCGCAACGCCGAAAAAACUGCAGUUGGAUUAUGCGAAAAAAUGAUGUAUCCAUGAUAUAACUAUUAAGUUAACCCGAAAUGUCGGUAAGCGGCGAAAACAAUUUAAAAAGGGUAUGCGUUACGAGGAGAGAGAACGGUUACUACUAUUAUCCAAAAACGAUACCCCGAUUGCGUCAAUCUCUGGUGGUUACUUUUUGUUUGAUCAUCCUAACAAUAAUCGCAGUGGACGUUCUCAUGGGCAAGGUCGACAUAGCUGGGGCACUAAGUUCAUACGCGUUCAUCUAUCUCUUCUACUUUGUAAUUAUUUUAUCGUACAGGACGAUACUCGGCUUUAAUGAGCGAAAGCACCUAACCUCGAGGUAUGCCGGAAAAUUGAAAGACUUAUUAAAGGCGGCCUACAGUUUCCCAGUUCCGUUUAUUGCCGUUACCGUCGUGGUCGCUCUGUACGCGAUGUACGCCUUUAGCUCGCACGGUUUUGCCUUCGACCAAAAUUACAAUUUGUACUCGGUUUUACCGGUGCUGUUCUUGUCGCACAAAGUGCUCGACAUGGACUCGAGCCCGAUCAGCGACUCUAUGUGGAUCGAAAAGUGCAACGGACUCGACCACGGAUCCGGUAUGGCUUAUUCCUUCUUCUACGGCUACCUUUAUUACAUCCUUAAUAAAACUGGAGAAUUGGGGAAGAACCUGGAGGAGCUGAUGCAAGACUACGAAUCAGCGAACAAGGUCCAGUUUAGUGUUUACAAAAUAUUCAUUCUGAUACCAAAGUCUUUGAAUUGUCCCGUCUCGCUGAUAGACGUUUCCACCAUAAUGGAAGAGAAAAAGUCCCUGGAGCCCAAACACCAGACGGUCGCGGGUGUCAAUAAACGCGUCUAUAAAAACUCGGUCUACGGGAUAAAACACGAAAAAUCUGGCAAAAUCGUGUACGUUUGCGCCGAAUACGCGACGCCGCUGCAAACGGCCAGCCUCGUUUUUAAGAAUCACACGCCGCACACAGAGUAUUACAAACGUCACAAAAACGACAUUUUGCUACAAUUUUAUUUGACGGUGAAGGAGAUCUUGGAGACCACGCGAUUCGACAGCAUGUGCGAGCUAGUGUACUUUGAAGACAUGGACUCCGACGGCAAACCCUACGAUGUUGGGAAAAUCCUUCUGAACAGGAUCGUGGAGCUUAAAAAGGAAGCACGGGGAAAGGUCUAGCAUCGCUCUCGUUAAGUUUUGAAUGUCUAAUGUGCCAUUUCUUGUAAUAUUAAAAAAAACUUUGUUACCUUGAAUUUUAAUCGGUAAAAUCCAAAUCCUGCAUUCAAACACACAAAUGACUUUCAGUACAACGAAUUUGACGACAAAUUGAAAUAUUAGUAGGCCGUGUAUUUUCUUAUGUAAAUCGGCGCAAAGCAUUAGUUUUCUUAAACUCAAAGGUUUAACCUUCAUUGAAAUAACUUUCGAGAUGCUAGAUGUCAUACGUGAAACAUCUAAGUGAAAAAAUGUUCAAGAAUUACCUCCUAUACAGUAAUUGACAACAACUUAUGAUUUAAUUGGUUUCUUACAUUUUCCUGUAAUUCGUUUAAACAAAAACAUAUUACCCAAACAUCCUUCUUAGCUAUUUAAGUGUAAUAUUAAUGCAGAGAAUUCAUUCUGUUUAGUAAAUAUUUGUGAAAUCUAUUUUCCAGUUUGUUAAAUGCCAUUGUUUUUCGAAGAUCGUAUUAGGUCCUCAUAUUUGCCACAGUUGCUAUAAUUUCGUGAAAGAACAUACUUUUUAUGAAACUUCUGGAUGUCUCCUGCGUCGAUUUUUGUUGACUCGAACUAGCUAACGUUUCGCCAAUCAUCCUGUUGGCUUCUUCAUUGACUAACUGGCCCGCAUUUUACUUUGUACCUGCUUUUAUGUGGUUUGAUGGGAGUGGAUAUAGUUGAUAUUUUUCGUCAGGAAUACUGUAAGCUCCUGGCAACUCUUUGACGGAUCGAAGAUGUCGAGAGAUUUUUGGACAAGUGGUAAAUCUGGUUUUGACGUUAUAUUUCUUUAGAAAUUUUGAUAUGUGGUGGUCAAUGGUUAAUGGAGGACAACAGUGGCAUGUGUGGAAUUGUUCUGUUUCAUUGCUAUUGGAAGAUUGCGGUGAUGUGUAUUUUGUGAUGGAACGGUUAAUAUCUUUAAUGUGGAAAUUAUUAGAGAGAAGAGCAGAGAUAAGGUGUUUUAAUUCUAGGUUCAAUGACUCGGACUCAGAUAGGUUUACGGUAUAGUUUUAUAAUCCUAUAAAUAAGAAAAUUGAUAACUGAUAAUAAUGAUAAUGAUGUGACAAUACUGGGUACAUGGGUUUUCUGUAACACAAUGACCCAAUGUUAGGUCUGAUUUUCUAUUGAUAAGAAUAUCUAAGAAUGCCAGGUUUUUAGUUUCUAUUUCAAUGGUAAAACGUACGAGGUUAGCGCCAAAAUUUCUCCGCCUGACGUAGAUGCAGCUCCAGUAUCACGAUUCAAUUCAAUUAUGCGUUUCACAAAAAAAUGUUGGGCUCGACUGCUAGGAUCGUUCGCCGAUUGCCGACUUCCGUCGAGGAUUUUUGCUUCUGGAAAAUGACCACCACGUACAAAGACGAAAAAUAACCAAUAAUUUUCUCAGCUAGCAAAAAACGAUUCUGACUGAUACCAAAAAAAAAUCGGCUUCCCUCCGCUUCCAUACCGGCGUGAACAGGGAAAAACGACGACACAGUGGAAACCGAUAUCAAACUUCUGAGGAUGAAUACAAGGGAUUCUGUCGGGAGCGAACGGAGGUUAAACCGCCGCGUGCAAUGCUCCACCACAGACCAGUAUCACGAUAAAACUUUGUCUUCUUUUAAAUAUAUAUCUUAAUAGGCUGCGAAAAAAAAUUAAUGUCUUGCGUCAAAUAGUUUUUUAUUGACCGAAUUUUAAAUAAGACGUAUCCGAAAAAAUGUCGCAAAUAAUGCAAAUGCAGUAUAGAGCAGUUAUAAAGUUUUUGACAAAAGAAGGGUUAGCACCUAAAAUUAUUAAAGAAAGGCUGGAUGGUGUGUACGGCCAAAGUUCUCUUUCGCAUUCUAUAGUAAAAGAAUGGGCAAAACGUUUUCGAAUGGGGUAGGAGUCCCUUGAAGAUGAUUCAAGAACUGGUCGACCAGUCGAGGUCACAACGGAAGAUGUUGCGAUUGUGGAAGAGGUGGUAUUGAGUGAUCGACGUUUAAAGAUCAAGGAAAUCUCAGAAAUUACUAAGCUUUCUGAUAAAAGUGUUCGUCGAAUCCUGCAUGAUCAUUUAGGUAUGCGUAAGGUUAGUGUAAGUUGGGUUCCUAAAAACCUUUUGGGCCUGUGAUAGAGACUAUUGUAACGUGAGAUGAAACUAUGGUUCUCUAUUAUGACCUUCUAUCGAAAAAAGAAUCAAUGGAGUGGCGUCGUAAGUGUGAAGCACCUCCAAGAAAAUUCAGUCUGCCAAUCAACAAAAAAGGUAAUGGCCACGAUCUUUCGGGAUUGUGGAGGAAUUCUUUCGAUAGAUUUUAAAGAAACUAAUACCACUGUCAAUGGUAAAUAUUACGCAACAUUAAUACAUACAUUGCGAGACUGCAUACGUGUAAAACGUCGAGGAAAACUGACCAUAGGCGCGCGUCUUUUACACGAUAAUGCACCUGUCCAUACUGCUGGUGUUGCACAAGCUGCCAUUUUAGAGUGUGGGUUCCAACAGAUAGAUCACCCUCCUUAUAGUCCAGAUAUGGCGACAUUUAUUUGGAUAUUUGAAAAAGGACUUACGUGGACGGCGACGAUGAAGUUGAGUUAAAAGAGGCUAUUUUAGCUCAUUUUGGCAGACAAACCAAAAUAUUUUUUUUUAAGGGAUUGAGUUGUUAAUAGAGAGAUGUAAUAAUUAUAUUGAAGGGGGAUUAUAUUGAAAAAUAAUAAAAAAUUAUUGUUACUCUCCUUUGUUUCUUUCACAUUCAGCCCGGGAAAUUUUGGCGCUGCCCUCGUAUGUCAGGGUGUCAAAUAACAAAAGUAUGAUCGACAUAGUGUAUCCGAAAUUUUGGUUUUAGGUGGAAGGUGUCGAGAGCUGUCUUCUCAAAGGAUUCCAUAAAUAUAUUCGCCAUGAGUGGUGGUACAGUGGAGAACCCAUAGCUGUUCCCGACGUUUGUUCACAAAUUUGACCGUUAUUAGAAAAAUAUGUUCCAGGCAAGCAUUUUUCAAUAAAGGUGAGAAGGUUUGGUUCCAAAUUCUCGCAUUUUAAUAGGAACUUAAUGUCGAAACUCACCAAAAUAUCUUGUGUAUCUAAUGCUUUUUAUUUAUUCAAUGUAGUGAAAGGAAUUAAGUACGAAACUGUCAGUUUUCUCUGUAAGGGGUUUUAAUUAGGAAGCUAGAUAUUUUGCUAGAGAACAUAUUGGAGAACCAAUGGUGCUGACAAUAGGUCGAGUCAAGAAAAACCGACGCAGGAGGAAUCCAGAAGUUUUAUAAAAAGUAUUACAGUAGCCUGUACAAGUUUCUUUGAAAAAUAUUGACGUUGCGUUAUUAUAAAAAAUUUUCCAGAAAAACGACGGCAAUGU